UUAAUUGUGCAUAAAUUGCCCGCCACUCCCAUCUUGUAUAUUACUUGUACAUGCUUAAACAGACUGAAGUGGACUCCACUCUUCGGACUUCUUAUUUCUUCGGAAAUUUUUAGGCAACUCUCUCUCUCUCUCUGUCGAUCUAAGCUUUACCCAGUGAGAUAUCAAAUGGAGAAAAUGAAUCAAACAUGGGAGAAAAUGAAGAUUAUGGCAGGAAUUGAUGUUGAAGAAGAUGAAGAAGCUGCAGCGGAGGAAGAAUCUUUCAUGGACGAAUUCAAUCGCCAAUGCACAUUGUCAACUAAACAGAGAUUCUAUGGUUUUGCUAUCUGCUUCGUAGCUGGUUUAACUUUAAUGCUUGUUUUUUUCCAUCCAAUCAAGUUUGGGAUAACAUUCACCUUCGGAAAUCUGCUGUCUCUUGGGAGCACAGCCUUCCUAAUAGGCCCCAAACGUCAAGUGACAAUGAUGCUUGAUCCUGUUCGAAUUUAUGCAACAGCCAUAUACCUUGCAAGCAUCGUAGUUGCUCUAUUUUGUGCUCUUUAUGUGCACAGCAAGCUUUUAACUCUUUUGGCAAUCAUGUUAGAGUUUGGGGCCCUUGUGUGGUAUAGCAUGAGCUACAUUCCUUUUGCUAGAACCAUGAUUUCAAAGGUCAUGGUUUCUUGUUUCGACACUGAAUUUUAGACUGCUUUCUGGCAAGGAGCUGUUUGGCGAUGAAAGAUCUGUCAAAAGAUUCCAUUCUGAUUUUGCAACACAUACUAUCUCUCUCUCGGACAGUGUUACUUGAUGUACAAGCUGAAAGAUGUAGACCAACUUAAUCAUAUUAUGUAUUGGAAUCAUGAACGAGUGGUGAAAUGUUGAACAUUUUGUUAGGCUUCACUUGUCUUAGUUUUACAUAAAUAUUAGAGUAGUAUACAGUAUCUUUGUCUA